UGCGCAAGCGCCGCCGCCAGUUAACGCAGACACUGCGCGCGCCGACGCAUCCCAUACCCGGACAUCUUGUGUCGGACACUAGUUACGCCGGACACUCGCGGGUGACACCUUGUGGAUUUGAGAUUGAGGAUACCGCAGGUCCGGAAUCAUGACUCGAGUCAACGUAAUUUUGGUACCUGUCCUCCUUCUGUUAGCCGCCGCGGCUGCAACUCCGCCGAAACGUCACUACAAGCGUGAUGCGCCUCUGAGCUCGUCGUAUCUCCCGCCAUCGAGCGGUGGCGGAAGGCCGUCGUCAUCCUACGGCCCUCCCAGUCGACCCUCAUCCUCCUACGGCCCACCCAGCCGGCCGUCUUCAAGCUACGGCCCCCCACCCAGCAGACCAUCAAGCAGCUAUGGCCCACCACCAUCCUCAAGCUACGGAGCUCCCCCAAGGCCAUCAUCGAGCUACGGCGCUCCUCCCAAGCCUUCCAGCAGCUACGGAGCCCCCGCCAGGCCGCCUGCGACUAGCUACGGGGUGCCCACUGGUCCUUCUACAUCUUACGGCGCACCCAAACCUUCAAGCAGCUAUGGAGCCCCCUCAAGGCCUUCAAGCAGUUAUGGCGCUCCCCCUAAACCAUCAAGCUCGUACGGUGCUCCUGCCCCUUCAAGUUCUUAUGGUGCUCCCGCUCCAUCGAGCUCCUAUGGUGCCCCUGCUGCCCCGUCUAGCUCCUACGGAGCUCCAGCUGCUCCCUCUAGCUCAUAUGGUGCCCCAGCAGCCCCCUCUAGCUCUUAUGCUGCCCCUGCUGCACCUUCAAGCUCUUAUGGAGCACCAGCCGCCCCAUCUAGUUCCUAUGGAGCCCCAGCUGCCCCAUCCAGCUCUUACGGCGCUCCAGCGGCCCCAUCUUCGUCUUACGGCGCCCCAUCCGGGGGCAGUGGUCACGGUAGCAGCGGCGGCUUCAGCAGCAGUGGCAGCGGCAGUUUCAGCGGUAGCGCAUUCAGCAGCAGCGGAUUUGGUUCAAGUGGAUUCGGAAGCAGCGCGCCAUCAUCAAGCUAUGGUGCUCCCUCAGCUCCUUCCAACAGCUACGGUGCCCCCGCUCCUUCAAACUCAUACGGAGCCCCCGCCGCGCCUUCAAGCAGCUAUGGAGCGCCUAGCUCCGGUGGCUUUUCUUCUAGCGGCGGCCACGGUUUCUCGUCUAGCGGGUCUGGAGGUUUCUCCUCCGGUAGUCACUCUAGCGGGUUCUCGUCAGGUGGAUCAGGAGGUUACUCUUCCGGUGGGUUCUCGUCAGGCGGGUCAGGGGGCUAUUCCGGCGGCAGCAGCCACGGCUCCAGCGGCGUGCCGGCGACCAUCAACCAAAGCUAUGACUCCAACGGUGGCUACGUAUACUAGGCUAAAGUCUGCCAGACUUUUAGCUUCUUAGUAUUGGUAUAGUCAAUUGUUAAGUUCUCAGCCCUCUGAAUUGGAGUGUCAAUAUGUGCUGUACUAAACGCCAGUGUUUUGUGAAAGCAAGCAAGUGGUAAUGAAUUUUUUUGUAUUAUCAGGUUUUUUAUGGCAAUUUUUCUAUUAAUCGACGUCCGGCGGCAUAAAUAUAUAAAUUACUUCAUAUUACGAUCAAGAACACAUCACUGUUUGCUGUACUUAUAACUAGUAAGUUUGGUGUGGUAUUCAUGAGCUCCAAACUGAUAAAAUAACAAAGACACUGAAGUACGUUGCAAAAUAUUGUGUCAGGAUUAGCGCAAAAAGCAUUCUUGGCCUAUUAAACAUUACCACAUAUCAUAUUAAACAUACAAAUCUCGCUCCUGUCAAUCCUUCCUACAGUAUUUCCAGCAGAACGUCCGGUCUCUCUAUUUAUUUAGUCAUGAUCAGUCCACGUUUAUUAUCUUCGAACAAAAAGUAUUAAAUUUAUUUAAUUGUAAACAAACUGUACAAAAUUAGAUUAAGGUCGAACAAUUAAUUAAAAUUUGUACAUAAAUGUA